AUGUCGGACUUCGAGGAUGAUAUGGACAUUGAUGUCCCUGCCUCCAAGGACAAGUUGAUACAAUUCAGUUCAGACAAUACCGCAGGAAAACAAAAGCGGAUUGUGGCCGAUCUCCCUGUCGAGGCAGAGGACAAUCUGCCCUGGGUAGAGAAAUACCGGCCGAACACUCUUGAUGACGUCUCCGGGCACAAAGACAUUCUGGCUACGAUCAACCGAUUCAUCGAACAGAACAAACUUCCUCACUUACUUCUCUAUGGACCACCAGGCACGGGGAAAACAUCGACGAUCCUUGCCCUGGCAAGGCAGAUCUAUGGGCCAAAGAACAUGCGGCAGAUGGUGCUGGAGCUGAAUGCCUCUGACGACCGAGGAAUCGAUGUGGUGCGGGAACAGAUCAAGACGUUUGCGUCGACCAAGCAGAUUUUCAGCGCGUCGACGCAACAAGGACCUUCGGGAGCGAAGUUCGGAUUGGGGGCAUUCAAACUGAUCAUUCUGGACGAGGCCGACGCCAUGACUUCGGCAGCUCAGAUGGCGCUCCGAAGGAUCAUGGAGAAGUAUACCGCAAACACACGUUUUUGCAUCAUUGCAAACUACACGCACAAACUCUCACCGGCACUGUUGUCGCGGUGUACAAGGUUUCGUUUUUCACCCCUCAAGAAAGAAGAUAUCCGGCGCUUGGUCGAUCAUGUCAUUGCUGAAGAGAAGGUCAACAUUGCGCCAGAUGCCGUCGAGUCUCUGGUUGAACUCUCCAAGGGCGAUAUGCGCCGAGCUCUGAAUGUCCUCCAAGCCUGUCAUGCCGGGUCCAGACCACUGCCGAUUCGAGGCCAACCUCCCGUCAAGGACGCCGACGUCAAGUACGAAUUAAUCACCAAUGACACUAUCUACAACUGUAUCGCCGCACCUCAUCCCGAGGAUAUCCGACUGAUUAUGACCACAAUGCUGAGCACUCCUGACAUGACGAGUUGUAUGAACACAAUCAACGCUCUGAAGAGCAGUCGUGGCCUCGCGUUGGCAGAUAUCCUCACUGCAUUGGCGGAGGAAUUGCAGAAUCUCGAAGUCUCUGCAGCAACCAGGGUUACUUGGUUGCAGGGUUUGGCGGAGAUUGAGUAUAGACUCGCGGGAGGAGGCAGUGAGUCUGUGCAGACGGGUGGCAUGGUUGGUGUGGUGAGGACGGGAUGUGAACUUAUGGGCGAGAAAGGGGUAGGCGAGAAGAUGGCUGUUGAUGGAUGA